CCCUCGCGCGGUGCGGCCGUUGGCCGGGGGUGGGGCGGUGCCGUGCCCCCGCCCCCCUCCCGGCCGCUGACCCGGGGACGCGGCGGGCUGCGGCCGUCCGACGGAGUUGCUGUCGUUGCCUGGCUGAGCCCCGGGUGCCCUGCGGGCUCGGCGGGAAGCCGAGGCCAGGGAUGGGCCUGAUCUUCGCCAAGCUGUGGAGUCUCUUCGGUAGCCAAGAGCAUAAAGUAAUCAUAGUGGGACUUGAUAAUGCUGGAAAGACUACUAUUCUUUACCAAUUCUUAAUGAAUGAAGUCGUUCAUACUUCUCCAACCAUAGGAAGCAAUGUAGAAGAAAUAGUGGUGAAAAACACUCAUUUCUUAAUGUGGGAUAUUGGAGGACAAGAAUCAUUACGGUCGUCAUGGAAUACCUAUUACUCAAACACAGAGUUCAUCAUUCUUGUUGUUGACAGCAUUGAUAGAGAACGACUUUCUAUUACAAAAGAAGAACUUCAUAGAAUGCUGGCUCAUGAGGAUUUACGGAAGGCUGCAGUUCUCAUUUUUGCAAACAAGCAGGACAUGAAAGGGUGCAUGACAGCUGCUGAGAUAUCUACAUACCUCACGCUUAGUUCCAUAAAGGAUCACCCGUGGCACAUUCAGUCCUGUUGUGCUUUGACAGGAGAAGGAUUAUGCCAAGGCUUGGAGUGGAUGACCUCCCGUAUUGGAGUGAGAUAGCUUUGUUUUGUUGCUUUGGUUUUGUUUUUUUUUUUUCUCCUCCUAAAGAAGAGACUUCUAUUUAUCCUGUGAACAUGUACAUUUUUCUGUACUUCUGACUGCUGAGGCAGUGACCAUGUUUAAUUUAUAUCAGCCAACCCCCAAGCUGUACUUGAAUCAAGUGCAGUUGAACUGAAACACAAAGUAUUUUCUUAACUUUUUUUAAUACACUAAUCUUCAACUGGAUGAACAUAUGUGAAUCUGUUUUUUAAGCACUGAAAUUCCUCUGAAUAUGUAUUCUAACUUUUUCAAUGAUAGCUUUUUAAAGUCUGUUUUGUCAUUGUCAAUAUUUCAUACUUCUUCUUUCUAAGUAGUUUAUAUAACUUACUAACAUAAAUGAGCGCAGUUUAUUUAAUAAUGAAAAAGUAGUGAGUAGGUUGACUUUAGUCUGGCAUAGCUUUAGCCUCUAAGGAUAAUCAGAUCUCCAGCUGAGCUAUCUGGAACAUCAGUAGAGUUCUAGCCAGCAUGGGAGUUAAUAGUUAUGAAUAAAAAUUUUUAAAUGCUGAAUGGGUUAGUUAUAGUUUAAUAUUGUGGUGGCUUUUAACCUGGUAUAAAAUUGAACUUCUGCCUUAAAAAAAAAAAAAAAUCUAUUCUCAAUUUGUCUGGUAAGUAGUUCUAGGAUAUGAUUCUUCUUUUACUUGAAAAUACAUCUCUGUACAGUGGAUAAAAAUUUUGUUAUUAAGUGCUGGUUUAGUCAUUUAGAACUUGAAUACCUUUUUAAAAAUAAACCUCUUGAUAAUUACAUUUGGAAUUACAGCAGCCAGUGUUAUGUGUAGACUUGCUGUAAUCUGUUAAAAUUUUAAAUACUGUAUACAUGAGCCUUCCUCACCUUUUAGUGAGUGCUGUUUUCUAAAUUAAUGAAAAAUCAAAAGGGAAGCCAGACUUGUAAACAGAACAGAAUCAUGGUGCUGUAUCUGUAGACUUCGGAGUGAAGCUAACCUUUACAUUUAUUUGCCUACUAUUAAAUAUGUUUUCAGAUUCUGUUACAGAGAAAAUAUUUUGCCUUAGUUUUUGUUUUUAGUCUUAUUUACAGGAGCAGAGAACUUCUGAUGGUGUUUGAGUUAGAUUCAUUCACCUGAAAUUUAGGAAUGGAAACUUGAAAAAGCAGAGAGCUUCCAUUUGAAAAACAGGUGUUGAAAGAUUGGACCUAGUAACUUAGUUCAGUAUGAAAGGGUUGAAGUUAGAUCUGUAAAGAAAAUCUAAAGCUAUGGAUGAAGUUAACUGAAAGCAUUGGAUGCCCCAAAAAAACAAACACCAAACUCCCCAAAAAACAUCUGAGGGAAAAAAUAAAACAAACACAGGGGACACUCAAUUCCUGGUGAAAUCCCAGCAGCAGUCAAGGAUCUAACCUACAUAAAUGCUUGACAGGCUUCCCAAAAGCACCAUUCUGCACUUUAGCUUGCCUAAAAACCACGUAGAGUCUUGUUACUAGAACCAUUAUGCUAAUUUAUGAGAGUCCUUAAUGACAAAAUGUUUUUGAUAAAUCUUGUUUUGAUAAUUUAAGCACACUGAGUUUUGUCUACUAAUUUUUUUUUCUAAAUUUCAAUUUGAUUCCAUUUUUAUUUGAACAAAGCUGAAUGAAAUUUUAAAAGUAUCAACAAGUACGUUGUCAUAAGUGUUAAAAAGAAGACUUUGAAUAUAUAUGGAAUCAGUGAUUGGUUGAAUAAAGUUAUGUAUUAGUGCUGGUUAGCAAAAGUCACAUUUAGGAGAAAGACUAAGUUGAGUGUCAAGUCAAAAUGCUCAGGAAAUAAUUCACAUCAGUGAAAAGUAGAGCUUAAAUUAAGAGGAGGAAUGCAAGGCAUGGUCAGAAUCUGAAACUAAAGCUUAUUGCUCCAACGUUCGUGCUAACAACUGUUCCAGUGUGUGAAAAUAAGAUUUGUUUUGUUCUUAGGAAAGCAAAUUAUAAAUGGAAAUAAUAAAAUGAUACUGUGAAUGAG